UACGGAUGCUUCGCCAUAAGGACACUUAACGGAAUAUACCUGCCGGACGGAAAACUCUGAGAUCGGCGAGAAAGGAUGAAGACGGAAUGCAAAUGAGCGUGGGUAUGUGGGUGUUUGGCCCCGCCUCCUCUCUUCUCCCAUUGGUGGCCCUGUUGCUGGUGGCCCCGCCCCUGGUGGUGGUGCGUUGUCAGGAGGAUGUGGGCGGAGUCAGCAGCGGCGGCGGUGGUCCGGUCCUGCGCUUCACGGCGGAGCACUACGAGGCCAGCGUAUUCGAGAACUCGCCCGCACGCACCUACGUCACCCACGUCACGUCCGCCGUCACGUCCGCCGUCACGAUGACGUCAUCACGUCGCAUGGGCGUGCCCCUCCUCCGGCGCUCCUGGGAGCCGCGGUUCCGCGUGGCGGGCGGCGACGGCGAGGGGUUGUUCCGCGCCGAGGAGCUGCGCCUGGGCGACUUCUGCUUCCUGCGCCUGCGUCUGCGGGGCGGCGGGGCCGCGGUCCUCAACCGCGAGGUCGCCGGGGGUUACGAGCUGCGCGUGCGCGCCAGCCUGCGGGGGCAGCAGCAGCAGCAGCAGGAGGGCGGCGGGCAGGAGGCGUGGACGCGCGUGAGCGUGCGCGUGCUCGACCGCAACGACCUCCGACCCCUCUUCUCCCCGACCACCUACUCCGCGCGCAUCAGCGAGGACACGCCCCCGCGCGCGAGUGUCGCCCAGGUAACGGCCACUGAUGCGGACUCCGGUUCCAACGGCGAGUUCUACUACUUCCUGAAGCAGCGCUCGGACCUGUUCGCCGUGCACCCCACCAGCGGCGUCCUCACGCUGACCGCGCCCCUGCCUCCGUCUCCACGGCAACACCAGCUGGAGGUGGGGGCGGUGGACCGCGGCAUGAAGCUCUACGGCAACAACGGCGUGAGCAGCACGGCGCGGGUGAUGCUGCACCUGGAGACGCGGAACCAGCACAGCCCCCGCAUCGUCUCCGCGGUUACGCUGCAGCCUGCCCGCCCCGCCACCCCGGGCCAGCUGGUCGCCGUGGUAACGGUGACAGACGAGGACCGGGGAGAGGACGGAGAGAUCGCGGAGGUGCGGCUGGUCGGGGGCGGGGACUCUGACCUGAUGAAGCUCCGCCUAGAGAGGAGGGGCCAGGGGGGGUCCUCCACGGCGGAGGGAGGGGCGGAGUUUGUGCUGUUGACAGGGGAGGGGUUUGAGUGGGGGGCGUCGUCUCCGGGGGGCGUGUCCGUGACGCUGCAGGCGCAGGACCGUGGCGACCCGGCGCGUUACUCUCCUCUCCACACGCUGAGGCUCCGCCCCCCUCCCCCCGACCCCCCCCAGCCCCGUUUCCCUGACGACGGUUACCAUGUGCGCGUGAGCGAGCUGGCCCCGCCCGGCACCCUCCUCGCUCCCGUCGCACUGACUCCUCCCCCGGACGCCGCCCCCCAAUACACCCUCUCCUCGGACACGCCUCCUGGCUUAUUCGUCAUUGGCUCUCGCUCGGGGGUGGUAUCCACGGCAACGUGGCUGACGGGGUCGGGUCACGAUUCACUUACCCUGGAAGUGACGGAGGAGACCAGCGGCCUGAAGGUCAAAGUUCACGUGACGCUGCUGGACGAGAACGACCACGACCCCGUCUUCAGCCGGCGCACCUACCACGCCGUCGUCAACGAGAGCGUCCCCGUGGGAACCACCGUGCUGUUGCUCACGGCGACGGACGCGGACCGCGGGGAGAACGGCUACAUCACCUACAGCCUGGAGGAGGCGGAGCCGGGGGGGGAGGAGUCUGCUGCUGCGCCCUUCGCUGUCAAUCAGUUCUCGGGGGCGGUGACCACCAACGGGAGGCUGGACUUCGAGCAGGAGGCGGAGUUCUGGCUCAGGGCGCGGGCGUCCGAUUGGGGCUGGCCGGAGCGGCGGGAGAGUGGCGCGAGCGUGCACGUGAGCGUGCGCAAUCAGAACGACGAGCGCCCCGUGUGGGGGGGGCGUGGCUGCCAGCUGCUGGUCCCGCCCCUCUGGCCCCAGGACACGCCCCUCCUGACGCUGGCGGCUCUCGACCCGGACCGGCUCACGCCAAUCAAGUACAGCAUCCAAUCGGGAGACUCGGCCCGCCUCUUCACCCUUCAACCUGACACCGGACUCCUCCUGCUGACCCGCCCCCUGCCGACAGGCCACACCCACAGCCUACGCAUCACCGCCACCGACGGCGACCACGCGUCCGACCCCAUGAGUCUCAACGUCACCACGGCGACCAGUGUGUCCAUCCCCAGUCUCAGCUGCCAGGAGACGCAGGUUGCCGAGCAACUGGCAGAAAAGCUGUCUCGUGCGCGGGGGGGUGGGCGGAUCCCCCCGCAGGAGGAGGGGCUAAUGGACCUGUUCUCAGCCAAUCGCCAUGAGCCACGUUUCUCCGAAGAGGUGCCUGAGAGGGUGUGGCUACCGGAAGACACGCCCACAGGAACACGGGUGCUGCAGCUACAGGUCACGGAUGCUGAUGCUGGCCUCAGUGGUCAGCUGCUGUUCUCCGUCUCCCACGGCAACACUGAUGGCUGUCUGACCGUGGGCAUGCGCAGCGGUGAGGUCACCGUGUUCCAGCCGCUGGACCGAGAGCGCUGCGACUGUUACCAUGCCAACAUCAGCGUGUACGACCAGGGGUCGCCGCGGCGAUCCACGUGGAAGCUCAUCACUUUCAUCAUCACUGACGUCAACGACAACGCACCCCGCUUCCUCCAACCUGAUGGAUACCACACACACAUCCCUGAAAACACUCCCAUUGGGACUGAGGUGAUCCAGCUGGAGGCUGUGGAUGCCGACGAGGGGCUGAACGCUGCAGUUCUCUACUCUCUCCUGACGGAGGCGCCGUUCGGGAUCAACGCCACCUCUGGGCUCGUCUACGUUGCCGGGCAACUGGACCGCGAGACCACGCCCUCUUACACCCUGCGCGUGGAGGCGCGGGACUCCGCCCCCGAGCGCGCGGCCCAGCUGGUCUCCGUGACGACGCUACAGGUGCAGCUGGAUGACGUGAACGACUGCGCCCCGGCUCUGCUCCCCCAGCGUGUGUGUGUGCGCGUUCUGGAGGACCUACCACUAGGGGCGCUGCUGGCCUGGCCCGACACACACGACCCCGACCUCGGCCCCGGCGGCGUCCUCACGUACGCGCUCGCCAACGACUACGCCGGCACCUUCGCCAUCGACACACACACCGGGGCCAUACGGCUCAACAAGGAAAUGGACUACGAGACGCAGCAGGUAUAUAACGUGACCGUGCGGGUCCAGGACGGUGGUGUUCCGGUGUCUCUGCUCUCCGAGGGCUGGCUGGAGGUCGAGGUUCUGGACGUGGACGAGAACCGCUUCGCCCCCGAGUUCCCCGCCUUCGCCCUCAACGCCUCGGUUCCGGAGGGUUCCCCGACGGGGUCCUCGGUUCUGCGCGUGGCGGCGCGCGACGACGACACGGGCCGCGACGGACAGCUGCUCUACUCGCUGCGUGGGGGGAGUGGCCUCGGACGGUUCGCCAUCAACGAGGAGACAGGAGUAAUCUACACUACGGACGAGCUAGACCGUGAAACCCAGGAUUCCUAUUGGCUGACGGUUUAUGCAACAGAUAUGGGUGUGGUCCCCCAGUCUGCAGUUCUACACGUCUACAUCCAGGUAGAGGAUGUGAAUGAUAACGCCCCGUUGACGUCAGACCCCAUGUAUCACGCAUCGGUGCUUGAGAAUUCGCCCAAAGACCUGUCAAUCAUCCAGAUCUACGCCCAGGAUCCAGAUGCCACGCCCACUACACCCAACCUCUCAUUCCGUAUCGCCAGUGGCAACGCCAGGAACCUCUUCAGCAUCGACUCACAGACAGGUCUCAUCACAACAACCUCAAAGAAGCUGGAUAGAGAACAACAAGCUGAACAUGUCCUAGAGGUGAUGGUGUCAGACGGCGGCCCCUCUGCCCAGCAGGUGAUGGUGUGUGUGUGUGUGUCCGUGCUGGACGUGAACGACAACGCUCCGGUGUUCCUGGAGAAGGUGUACCACGUGCGCGUCCCGGAACGCCGGCGGCGGCUCGCCCCCGUCUACCGCAUCCUCGCCCACGACCGCGACGCCGGCCCCAACGCCGAGCUCGCCUACAGCAUCACCGACGGCAACGGGGACGGGAAGUUUGCCAUCGAUCCCAAGACGGGCGUGGUCUCGUCACGGAAGCAUUCCACAGCGGGCAAUUAUGACAUUAUAACUAUAAAAGCAGUGGAUGGGGGCCGUCCUCAGCGAUGGGCGUCGGCACGUUUGCAUAUCGAGUGGGUGGAGCGUAUGGCUGGCUCCGCCCCUCUGGAGUUUGACGAGCGGGUCUAUAACUUCAGCGUCACGGAAACCGACCAGGUGGGGGAGAUUGUGGGCGUGGUCUCAGUGAAACACAGCUCCACCCCUCUAUGGUUUGAUAUCAUUGAAGGAGACGAAGAGCGUGUGUUUGAGACGGAUCGCGCCGCAGGAACCAUCAUCAUCACACGGCCGUUGGACGCUGAGCGGAGAACAUUCUACAACCUCACAGUGGAGGCUACAGAUGGAACACACACCACACACACACAGGUCUACAUCACGGUCCUCGACAGCAAUGACAAUCCUCCGGUGUUCUCUCAGUCUGUCUACGACGUCAUGGUGACGGAGGACACGCCCCCGGAGACAGAGUUGCUACGGGUGACGGCGACGGACCGCGACGUCACACGCCACUCGUUGACCUUUGCCCUCCAGGGCAGCGUUGACCCCGCCAGCGUCCGGCUGUUCCGUGUGGACCCCACGACCGGAGCCAUACACACCGCACACACACUCGAUCACGAGAGCAACACGCAGCACAUCCUCACAGUCAUGGUGAAGGAGGCGGAGUUUCCGUACAGGAAGGCUCUGACUCGCGUUCUCAUUGGAGUGGAGGACAUCAAUGACCACGCCCCCCUCUUCACCAUGGCGAUGUAUGACGGACAUGUGUUUGAGUCUGCUGCCAUGGGAACGGCAGUGCUCACCGUCACCGCGCUAGACAGAGACAAGGGAGCCAACGCUCAAAUCCUCUACAGUAUAGAGUCAGGAAACACUGGAGGGGCGUUUCGCAUAGAUCCGGUGCUGGGCGUGGUCCGAGUGGCUCGUCAACUGGACUUGUCUGCCAUUGGUCACUACGUGCUGUCAAUCAGAGCCGCAGACGGUGGCGCUCCGCCUCUGUCGUCCACGGCAACGGUCCACGUCGCCGUGGUGCUCUCGGACAACACGCCCCCGCGCUUCCCCCUCCGCCAGUACCACGCUCAGGUCAGCGAGAACGUCGCCGUGGGAACAUCGGUCGCCACGGUGACGGCCCUCAGCCGCUCCACGCUCGCCUACUACAUUCGCCAUGGCGACGGCACGUUCGGCAUCAACCAGUACAGCGGCGUCAUAGUAACGCGAAAGCCGAUCGACUACGAGACCAAUCAGAGCUUCGCGCUCACGGUCGGCGCGGGGGACAUGACCGGACGCGAGGCCGUCGUCAAGGUGACCGUCGCCGUGCUCGACCGCAACGACAACUCCCCCGAGUUCCUGGAGACGCGUUACCGCGGUAACGUGAGCGAGGGGGCAUCGGCGGGCAGCGUGGUGGCGGACGCGGUCGGGGGCGGAGCCCUCCUGCUGCGGGCCCGAGACGCCGACGCCGAUCAGAACGGGCAGCUGGCCUAUCACAUCGCAGACGAGCACGCCCGCCCCUACUUCACCGUCGACAUGGCAACCGGAGCGCUCCGCACCACCGCUGCGCUGGACACAGAAACCACACCCGUGUUCCACUUCCAGGUGAGUGUGCGUGACCGUGGUCGUCCGUGGCGAUGGGGGGGUGUGGCCACGGUUCAGGUGGAGGUUCUGGAUGAGAAUGACACGCCCCCUCGCUUCACGCAGCCCAGUUACUCCGCCCUCCUCCUGCUCCCGACCUAUCAGGGAGUAGAGCUUCUCACGCUCUCCGCCCACGACCCCGACACCAACCAAUCGCAGCUCCGCUUCAGCCUGACCGACAGCAGCUCCGCCCAGCGCUGGGCCCUGGGGGCGGAGUCAGGCGUGCUGAGCGUGCGGAACGUCAGCGGCUGGGAGGCGGGGCUCGAGCGCGUCGCCGUGCGCGUGACCGACGGGCGGUUCUCCGGCUCCGCCCUGGUGACGGUAACCGUGCGCGCCGCGCAGGAGGCGGACCUGCGCUUCUCGGAGGCGGAGUUUCGCGCCAGCGUCCCCGAGAACCGGGAGGGCCGGCAGCUGGUCGCCGUGGUGACGGCGCUGGGCGGGAAGCUGAACGAGCCGCUGCGCUUCUCCCUGCUGAACGGGGGCGGAGUCUUUCAGAUAGGCUCCACCUCCGGCGCCAUAGAGACGGUGGGCGUGGCUCUGGACAGAGAGGGGCGGGGCCAGCAUCGUCUGGUGGUGCAGGUGGCCCGCCCCGGAGACCCUCUGCGCGUCGCCAGGGCAACCGUACACGUCAGUGUCACGGACGAGAACGACAACGCGCCCCUGUUUGUUGGUCUGCCGUACUACGCAGCUGUGCAGGUGGACGCUGAGCCUGGGGCAGUGGUGUGUGUGGUCAGGGCGGUGGAUCUGGAUGACGGCCCAAACGGACAGGUCAGCUAUUUCCUGUCAGACACCACUGGGCCCGCCCACUUCCACAUGAACGCAGAGGACGGCCAAUUAAAACUCAACAGGGCCUUCGAGCCGGACCUGUCCAACACAGAGUAUCAGGUGGUGGUGUUUGCUCGUGACCAGGGACAGCCUGCUCUCUCCUCGUCCGUGACGUUUACGGUUACCGUGGUGAACCGCGCCAUGCCUGUGUUUGAUAAGACCUUCUACACUGUACGGGUAAACGAGGACAUUCCUGUGCUCACCCCCAUCCUGGGCAUCAACGCCAGUUGCCCCGAGGGUCAACCUGUCCUGUACACACUCACACACACACUCACACACACACUCACACACACACUCACACACACACUCACACACACGCCGCUGGACACAGGGCCCAGUUGUUUCUCAGUGGGGUUCGACACGGGGGUCAUCAGUGUGGCCGCGCCCCUCGACCACGAGACCGCCCCCUCCCACCGGCUCGUCGUCCGGGCAACGGCGGCGGUCACGGGCGCCCGCUCGGAGGUGGAGGUGGAGGUAACCGUGGGAGACGUCAACGACAACCCGCCCACGUUCCACAGCCCCUCCCACCGCACCGUCAUCUCAGAGAACGCCAUGAUCGGAACCCCCGUCAUUCAGGUGCAGGCUGAGGAUCCGGACUCUGAUAAGAACGGUCUGGUGCGGUACCAGCUGCUGCCAGCGGGGGGCGGUGUGAGCGGUGUGAGCGGCGUGAGCGGUUCCGACUGGUUCCACCUGGACAGCGUGAGCGGGCUGCUGCUGACGGCGCGCCGCCUCGACCGGGAGCUCGCGCCGCGCGUCUCCAUGGCGAUCCGCGCGUACGACCAGGGCUUCCCGCCGCGCGACGCCACCGCCACCGUCACCGUGGAGAUCGCCGACGUCAACGACAACGCGCCCCAGUUCGGCCAGCUGCUCUACGAAGCCCGCGUCAGCGAGGGGGCGUCGCCGGGGCAACCGGUGACGCGCGUGUGGGCCUGGGACGCCGACGACGGGCCGGCGACGGCCACGCCCCUUAGAUACUCGCUGCUGUCGGGCGGCGGCGACGACCGCGGCCUGUUUAGGCUCCACCCACAGAGCGGAGUGCUGACGGUGGGGGAGGCGUGGCCUGGCGGCGGGGGCAGGGGGGCGGGGCCUCGUCUCCAGGACGACGUGCUGGUGCUGGAGGUGGGCGUGUCCGACGGCGUGAUGGCGGGCUCGGCGCAGGUGCACGUGAGCCUGGAGCGCCUCAACACACACCCCCCCGCCUUCACACACCGCGCCUACGAGGGCCAGGUCGGCGAGAACGCCCCGCCGGGGUCGAAGGUCACGGAGGUGCUCGCGCUGGACGCCGACCCCGGGCCGCUCGGACAGGUGCGCUACUGGUUGCUAACGGAGGCCGCCCGGCGAUGGGUCAGCGUGGACGCGGCGUCCGGGCUGGUCACCACGGCGACGCGGCUGGACCGGGAGCAGCUGGGCGACGUCGUGUCGCUCACGGUCGCCGCGGAGGACGGAGGCGGUCGCCGUGACUACUGCAGCGUGCGCCUCGCCAUCCUGGACGAGAACGACAACGCGCCGCAGUUCAGAGCCAACGAGUACCGGAUCAGCGUCAGACCACACACACCAGCGGCCUCUCUGCUCAUGCAGGUCCUGGCCACAGACGCAGACCAGGGCUCCAACGCACAGCUGGCCUACAGCCUCUACAGCGAGGCGAGCCAGCCAAUCACAGCCCUGCUGGACAUCGACGCGGACAGCGGUUGGCUGGUGACGCGUGCGGCGGGGGCGGAGCCUGGCCUGGAGGCCUUCGAAGGGACGGUCCUGUCGUUCUUCGUGAAGGCGGCCGACGGCGGGACCCCGCCCCGGCACGCGCUGGCGCCCGUGUACGUGCACGUGCUCCAGAGCCACGCCCCCUCCCUCAGCUUCAGCCAACCACAGUUCUCCUUCACCGUCACGGAGGACACGCCCAUCGGGGCCACGGUGGGCGUGGUCAAACUGCAGGCUCCGCCCCCCGGCGCGGUGUUGAGCGUUGUGAUUGGCCCGACCGAGGACAGUAACCGUGACGGCGUGUUUGUUAUCGACGGGUCGUCGGGGGCGCUGAAGCUGGACCAGCCAUUGGAUCGCGAGAGAGUCUCCGCCUACCACUUCAGAGUCUCCGCCUCCCUGCCGCAGGUGCCGGUCGCCGUGGUGACGUGCGUGGAGGUGGAGCUGAAGGUCCUGGACGUCAAUGACCACGCCCCCUCCUUUGAGGCCGCCGCCUACCAGAGCAGCCUGCCCGAGGACACGCCCCCUGGCACGCCGGUGAUGCAGGUGCGAGCGCUGGACCCUGAUUGGGCGGCCAACGGCCAGGUGAUCUACAGCCUGACUCCGCCCACCCAGUCAGCAGCCAGUCAGAGGGAAGGUGGCCAGGAGGGCGGGGCUUUGUUUGUGAUUGACAGGACCUCUGGCUGGAUUAGAACACUGGCCGAGCUGGACCACGAGUUAAGCCCCGCCCACUCUCUGACUGUGUGGGCGUGGGACCUGGGCGACCCUGUCAGCCUGUCGUCCUCGGCAACCGUUACCGUGGUAGUGAGCGACUGCAAUGACAACCCCCCAGUGUUCCUGCAGACGGGUUACCAUGGCAGCGUGCGUGAGAGCGACCCCCCGGGGGAGGUUGUCACGGUGAUAAACACUCGGGACGAUGACAGUUCCCCUAGCAACCGCCAGGUUACCUACCACAUCACGGGGGGAGACAGCGCUGGUGUGUUUGGUCUGGGUCUGGUCCAGGGCGAGUGGAAGCUCUACGUACGGAGCGCUCUGGACCGAGAGCAGCAGGAUCAUUACAUCAUCAACGUCACGGCAACCGACGGCCUGCACGUGUCGACUGUGAGCGUCGACGUCACGGUUACGGACGCCAACGACAACAGCCCUGUGUGUGAGCAGGCUCUCUACUCUCUCUCUGUCUUAGAGGACGUGGCGGUCGGCUCUGUGCUGCUGCGUGUGCGGGCGACGGACGCUGACCUGGGCGCCAACGCUCUGAUCCGAUACACACUCGCCGGGGACGGAGCGCAGCACUUCAACCUGCAUCCACACACAGGGGAACUAAAAACAGCGGUGGAGUUAGAUAGAGAGACAACGUCACAUUACACAUUGGUUGCCGCGGCGACUGACGGGGGCGGGCUGUCGUGCAGCGCGCAGGUGUCACUCACGCUGCUGGACGUCAACGACAACGCCCCUCAGUUUGGCCAAUCAGAGCUCACCGCCAGCGUUUACGAGAACACGCCCACCAAAUCCCUCAUCACACGCAUACAGGCCAUGGAUCCUGACCUUGGCGCCGGUGGCCGUGUGGUGUUCUCCCUCCUGGACUCCGACGGUGUGUUUGCGCUGGACGCCGAGUCGGGCGUGUUAUCUCUGGAGCGGCCGCUGGACCGAGAGCAGCGCUCGGCGUGGCGCGUGUGCGUGUUGGCGCAGGACCAGGGCGUGCCCGCGCUCUCCGCUCGCGCCAACCUGACGGUCAGCGUGCUGGACGUCAACGACAACCCGCCCGUCUUCGAGCGGCGCGACUACCUGACGGCCCUCCCCGAGGCCGUCGCCGUGGGAACGGAGGUUGUGCGCGUGCACGCGGCCAGCAAGGACAUCGGAACCAACGCCGACAUCUACUACAGCAUUCGCCAUGGCAACCAGCUCAGACACUUCAGCAUACACAUCAACACAGGGGCCAUCUCUGUGUGGCGUCCGCUGGACUAUGAGACGUGUUCCGGUUACUUCCUGACUGUGGAGGCAAGAGACGGCGGGACUCCUCCCCUUAGCGCCGUUACCAUGGUAAACAUCAACGUGACAGACGUCAACGACAACGCGCCGGUCUUCAGCAGAGACGCUUACAGCGCCAGCGUCAGCGAGGACGCCGCCACAGGGGACAGCGUUGUCACGGUGACAGCGGAGGACAUGGACAGCCCACUGAAUGGGGCGGUGCUGUAUUCCAUCGCCGGCGGCGACCGCGAGACGCAGUUCUUCAUCGAGCCAAUCACAGGCCUGAUCCGAGUCAACCAACCGCUGGACCGCGAGACGGUGAUGUCGUACUCACUGAGUGUGUGUGCCACGGACUCUGGAUCUCCUCCUCUCUCCUCGACUGCCGCGGUGAACGUCGAGAUCUCUGACAUCAACGACAACCCGCCCACUUUCAGCACAGCCAAUCACACUGCAGUCAUCCAGGAGAACACACCCUCUGGUACGAGCAUCGUCCAGCUGUCUGUCACAGAUAAAGACUCCGCCCACAACGGACCACCCUUCCUGUUUCGCAUCCUAUCAGGUAAUGAGGGAGUUGAAUUUCAUCUGGAUAAGGAGGGGCUUCUGACAUCCAAUCAGGUCUUUAGAAGAGAGAUUGCCACGGAGUACGUCCUACAAGUCCAGGCGUGGGAUUCUGGCCGCCCCCCCCUGUCGUCCGGGGCAACAGUAGUGGUGCGUGUGAUUGAGCAGAGUGUUAACCCCCCAUCUGCACUGCCACUGCAGGUUCAUAUUGUGGCCAUGGAAGACGAGUUCCCUGGGGGUGUGAUUGGUCAGAUCCACGCCUCCGACAUGGACGCCUUUGAUGUGCUCACCUUCGGCCACACACACCUGCAUAACAGUCUGUUUAAGGUGAGCCCUCAGGACGGCCGUGUGAUAGCGCUCAGCGGGCUGGACGGCGGCGUGUAUUCCCUGAACGUGACGGUGAGCGACGGCCGCUUCUCCGUGAGCGUGCCCGUGAGCGUGCACGUGGAGCAGGCGUCGGCCGAGAUGCUGCUGCACGCCGUGACGCUCCGCUUCGACCGCGUGGCCCCGCCCACCUUCCUGCAGCGCCUCCCAGAACUGCAGCGGCGCAUGGCCGCUGCCAUGGCAACCGCCCGCCCGGAGCUGCUGCACGUGCUCAGCGUGCAGCCCGUGGAGACGGGCCAGCUGGACAUGCUGGUCGCCGUGGAGACGCCGGAGGGGGGGUUCUACAAGGCAGCGUACGUCUCGCAGAAACUGGCAGGAGCCCGCCGGAGCCUUGAUCAGGUGCUCCGGGUGUCGGCGGUUCUGGAUAAGAACUGUUCUGCGCUGGACUGCCGAGAGUCGGCCUGUGAGCAGAGACUGGAGCUGGACUCCCACAGCAUGCUCACACACAGCACACACACGCUCAGCUACGUCACGCCGCGCUUCUUACGUCACACACGCUGCGUCUGCACUGACGGUGUGUGUGGCGAUGAGGAUGGUGUGUGUUCAGGUGUGUGUCCUGACGACAUGCGGUGUGUCGCCUUCGGCUCCAGUGGUCCCUACACCUGCCAAUGCCCCCCCGGAAAACUAGGAGAAUGCGCAGGUCAUUCCUCUCUGAGUUUCUCAGGUAACAGCUUUAUCAAGUACAGUGUGUCAGAUGGCCUGAGGGGCGGAGCCAUGAGAAUCAGCCUGCGAAUCAGAACACUUCAGAGGGGAGGAGUCAUCAUGUACACACACACACACGCCUGCACACAGCUGAAGCUGGACCAGGGGGAGCUGUGGUUCCAGGUAGAUUGUGGAGGCGGCCUGCCACACCUCGGCAUCUCUGGUCGGCCAAUCAACGACGGCCGCUGGCAUCAUGUGACCGUGGAGCUCAGUGCCAACCACAGCAGCCUCUCAUUGGACGAUACCUACGUGGAGCAGAGGCGGGGUCCAACUAGGCCCCUCCCAUCUGGCCCCGAUUGGUCGCUGGUCUUUGGGGUGGGUCCAGACGGGGGCGUGGCCGCCCAGGGUCUGCAGGAGCGCCGUGAUAGGAGGCCAGGCGGGGCGGGGGCGGGGCCUGCUUCAGGGCUGGGGGGGGGGUCUGUGUUGCUGGGGGUGGGGUUUCAGGGUUGCCUGGACGCUCUGCAGCUGAACGGCCAAGAGCUCCCCCUGCAGGACAAGCGCAGCGCGCACGCCCGCGUCCUCACACACGCCGGCCUCGCGCUCGGCUGCACGCUCCACCCCGACGCCUGUCAAUCAAAGCCCUGCAGGAAUGGAGGCACCUGCUCCAGCCAACCCGCCGGAGGGUUCUGGUGCAGCUGUGGCGUGUUCUUCAGCGGGGCGCGCUGUGAGCUGGAGCUGAGUGUGUGCGCCCCAAACCCCUGCAGGAACGCCGGACAGUGCAAGGCCAUCGGCAACGCCUUCCUCUGCAGCUGCAAGAGAGGCUACACCGGUCUCACGUGUGAGGAGGAUGUAAACGAGUGUGAGGGCGAGGAGGAGUGUGAGAACGGCGGGGUGUGUGUGAACACCUUCGGCUCCUUCCUCUGCAACUGCACGCCGGGCUUCGUGGGCCGUCUCUGCAGGCUCCGCCCCGUCGUGGUCCCCGACAUGCAGGCUGGCCACGCCUACCUGGGGCGGGAGGAGCUCAUCGGCAUGGCGACGGUGCUCUUCCUCAUCGCCGUGCUGGUGCUGCUGUUCGUGGCCCUGCGGAAGCGUCUGUUCCGGAAGAGUCCGUCGUCGCGCCUCCUCGCCCUGGACCCGGCCGCCGCCGCCCUGCUGCACAAGGCCAACGGAGCCUUUCCCCCGCCCACACACACACACACACACACACGCGGAGGAGGGAUCUUCCCCGAGGGCGCGUGUGGCCCCCCGCAGGUCCCCGUGAGGCCCAUGGCCUACACGCCGUGUUUCCAAGGCAACGACGGAACCCGGGGAGGAGCGGGCGGAGCCCUGGAGAAGGGGGCGGAGCUGACGGAGAUGAGCACGUUCCACCCGUCCGAGGCGUCGCCACGGAUACUGGGCGUGGUGGGAGUGUCUGCGUCGUCGGCGGGGCUGCGGAGGGGCGUGGUGGUGUGUAGCGUGGCGCCCAACCUGCCGCCCACCUCACCCUGCCAGUCAGACUGUGACUCCCUCCACAAGACGCCCUGGGACAGUGAUGAGGGUAAAGGAGAAGAUGUGGCCUGUUUCGGAGGCGGUACUAAUUCAGAGGUUCAGUCACUUAGUUCCUUUCAGUCUGACUCCUGCGAUGACAAUGUCUAUCACUGGGACACGUCUGAUUGGAUGCCGAACUCACGCCUGCCAGACAUCGAAGAGGUCUCAGCCUAUGAGAGCGCAGACACCUCCGUCACCAUGACGAUGGGCGUGGGGGCGGACCUAGAGACGGACUACUACCUGGGCGGUGCUUACGACAUAGACAGUGAGACUCCGCCUCCACAGGGGGAGGGGUUACAGCUCUCUCCGCCAAUGACCUCUGACCAUUACGACACCUCGCCUGCCAGUCAGCCGGUCUCCACGGACACCACGCUGAGCAGAGGCCAGAAGCCCCGCCCACAGUUCCACCCCAGCCAAUACCUGCCUCCGCACCAGCCGCCACUCGCAGAUGGGCCCGGCACGGGGGGGGAGGGGCUUUGCACAUUUGUGGGCGGGGUUCUGAGAAGGCGGGACCUUGAGGAUCAGCUGUCAAUCAAUGCCUCCUCCGCCUCCGCCUCCGCCGGCUCCACCCCCUGUUGCUAUGACGACUCGGAGACAGACAGCCUGGACGAAACACAACAACAGACUGAAGUGUGAAAGACACACACACACACACACACACACUUACACACACACACACACACU